UUUAUAUAAAUCGCGACGAGAACGCCUGAACGAGGCUAUGCGCAGGUUUCCGCGGGACCGGAGUCGCAGCUCAUAUAAAUCUAUCGAUAGAUUCAAAUUUGGUGUUACCGGAAUUCAAUACUUAUAUGAUAGUAGGACAUAGGAGUCUAGCUAGGUUAUUAGGUUCUUUAUUCCGGCGAGGACGCAGCCACCGGCGACAUUUGAUCGCCGCCUAUUAGAUUCUGAGCCGAAUUUGUAGUACGUUUUGCUAUUGAUGCGAAGUUGGAGAUGACGAGAAAAACCAGUGUUUGCGCGCUAUGUGAGAACUCGAAUCUAGCUUCGGUAUGCACCAUUUGUGUCAACUACAGAUUGAAUGAGUAUUAUCAUUCCUUAAAAUCGUUGAAGGCUCAUCGGGAUUCCUUGUACGCAGCAUUAAGUGAGGUUCUUGUAGCUAAGGGGAAGGCAGAUGAUCAAAAGAAUUGGAGAGUUCUUCAACAUGAAAAGCUUACAAAGUUGAGGGAGAAGCUCCGACUUAGUAAAGAACAACUUGCGCAAGGAAGGUCUAACAUAGAGAGUAAAUCCCUUGAUCUGAAACUCAAGCUCAGUGCGCUUGAAUCAGCCUUUUCUAGGCUGGAAAAAAAUCGAGUUGACCAACUGGAGAAGUUCUAUCCUAAUUUCAUAUGUACCCAGAUUCUAGGGCAUAGAGCAAUUACUGCUGAACGUCUUCAUAAACAGUCUGUGGUCAUAAAACAGAUAUGCAAGUUGUUUCCUCAACGACGGGUGGCUAUAGAGGGAGAGAAAAGUGACGUUUCUAGUGGUCAGUAUGAUCAAAUAUGCAAUGCACGCUUGGCAAGAGCACUUGAUCCCCACUCUGUUCCAUCGGAAGAGCUUUCUGCUUCUUUGGGAUACAUGGUGCAACUUCUAAAUCUUGUUGCGCAUAACUUGGCUGCCCCAGCACUUCAUAACUCAGGUUUUGCGGGCUCUUGCUCUCGAAUUUGGCAACGAGAUUCUUAUUGGGAUGCACGCCCCUCCUCAAGGAGCAAUGAAUACCCCCUUUUCAUACCGCGCCAAAAUUACUGCUCUGCUAGUGGGGAAAAUUCAUGGUCUGAUAGAAGCUCAAGUAAUUUUGGUGUUGCCUCAAUGGAAUCUGAAAGGAGGCCUCGCCUGGAUUCCUCUGGGAGUAAUAGCUUCAAUUAUGCCUCAGCUUCUUUACAUUCUGUUCAAACGCAUAAAGAUUUGCAGAAAGGGAUUUCACUUCUGAAGAAAAGUGUAGCAUGCAUCACAGCCUACUGUUACAACACCCUAGGCUUGGAUGUUCCUUCUGAGGCAUCUACUUUUGAAGCAUUUGCAAAGUUAUUGGCUAUACUCUCAUCAUCCAAGGAAGUUCGAUCUGUUUUAUCCUCAAAGAUGGCUCGUUCCAGGCCAUGCAAGCAAGUUCAACAGUUGAACAAAUCUGUGUGGAAUGUAAAUUCUGCUAUAUCAUCAACCACUUUGCUGGAAAAUUCACAUUCGGUGCCAACAAGGAGAAUUGAAAAUUGCCUGCCAAGUUCUGCUGCUAGUUUUCUUUAUGUCACAGAUUCAUCUGAUGGAAAAAGUGAGUGCCUAAUUGAAGGAUGGGAUCUUGUAGAGCGUCCAGCUUUUCCUCCUCCCCCAUCGCAAAGUGAGGAUGUUGAGCACUGGACUCGAGCCAUGUUCAUAGAUGCUAAAAAGAAAUGAUCUUUGUCUGCAACAGAUGGUUACUCUCUCCGUUCAACGGUGAGAAAGCUGACCCAAGAUAGCUGAAUGUAUGGAUCAUAUGCGCUGCAAAUUAUCUGGGGCCCUCUUUUCCUCCCUUUAUUUCUCUGUACAUAUAGCAUCUAGCGAGUUCUCGGAAUUGAGACUGUAAAUAUUAGGUCAUGUUGAUAGAAGUCUCCAGUGCGUUAGUCAUAACUAGUUUCCGCUGUCGAUCAUCAAAAUCAACGUCUAAGUCAAUGUUAUUAUUCUUGCUCUGGCCCUUUUCCCCGCUUUUUCAGUCAUGGGAACUCUGAAGAUAAUCAGUGUUAUAAUGAGCUCAGCAGGCUCACUACUCCUUCAUCUUUGACGACCUUUAGACCCUACAAAAUAUGAGACGUUUUCCUAUGUGAAGAUAAUUUCGGGAGCUCUGCAAAAUCCAAUUCCUUGAAUACAAGUGAUAUUUUGCCUA